CUGUUAUACCAGAUCCUCAACUUUGGUAUGAUUGUGUCGACAGCCCUCAUGAUCUGGAAGGGACUCAUUGUGAUGACCAAUAGCGAGUCGCCCAUAGUCGUGGUGCUCAGCGGAAGUAUGGAACCGGCGUUUUAUAGGGGAGACCUACUGUUCCUCACCAAUCACAGGGAUGAGCCCAUACGGGUGGGCGAUAUUGUCGUGUUUAAGAUCGAGGGCCGGGAGAUACCUAUUGUGCACCGGGUGCUCAACUUGCACGAGAAAGAGGACGGCUCCAUCAAAGUGCUGACCAAAGGCGACAAUAAUCGAGACCACGAUCGGGGUCUCUACGCGCCCGGACAGCUCUGGCUCCAGCACAAGGACAUCGUAGGCCGCGCCAAAGGGUACGUGCCGUACGUUGGUUACGUCACUAUAGUUAUGAACGAUUACCCCAAACUUAAGUAUGCGGUGUUGGGCUGUUUGGGUCUAUUUGUUUUGGCGCACCGGGAGUGACACCCCUCCACCCCCUAGUGUCCACCGUUUGUGCCCAGUGUUCACCCAUUGGUUGCGAAGUCAACCAUUUGUCUCAACCCCUUGUGUUAAUUAAUUAGUAAUUUAUUUGAUGAAAAAAAGUUAAUUUAUUAUAAAAAAUGUUUCGCAAAUACAAGUGUUUAUAUGAAUAACCAUUUUUUGCCACAAAAAGUCUUCGUAUGAUAAGUCAUUCCAAUGAAAAUCUGAUUGC